AUGGGACAGGGACACCUUACGCAGGCAUUUUUAACUAGUAGUGCUGGAAUGAUGCAGCCUCUCAGUUGUGAGUAUUACUCAAAGAAAUGGAAGAGGAAUGUACCAGCCCUUCCUCAUAGACAAGUACAAUGUGAGAGGAUCCAUAUUGAUGGAGACAUCUUGUCAUACAUGAUCAAUGAUGAGGAUAAAGUUGGAGUUUAUAUAUCAGCUGAUGCUCUCACCCAAGAAAAAAAUUAUUUUGAAAUUGAAAUCUUAGAUAGUGGUUUGCGGGGAACCAUUGCCAUUGGUCUUGGGCCAUCUCAAUAUCCUCUUGAUUGUAAACCAGGAUGGAAUGUUGAUUCUGUUGGCUUCCAUGCAGAUGAUGGCAGAUUAUACAAAGGUUGUGGUCUUGGGCGCCCAUUUGGUUCCAAAUGUUUAUCUGGUGACCGGAUGGGAUGUGGAAUUAAAUUUGACCAAAAUGAUGCAAGUGGCAUGCGCCUUCUAGUGAAGGUUUUUUUCACUAGAAAUGGAGAAGAGAUUGGAACAGUUGUUAUGCCAUGGCCACAUGGUGGUUUACAUCCUAUAAUUGGAUUACAUUCAGAAGGAGAAGAAGUAGAGUUACAUUUGGACAGUCAUUGGAAUCAUGAUGAUGUAAUUCUUAUGGCUGUUGAUAAUGUAGAUGAUGAAUGGUCUCGAUUACACCAAGUUCGCCUUAAUGGAUGUAUUUUGGAAUAUACAGGUCGGGGUAAAAAAAUUAUUGAUGUUGGGCUAGCUCAAGCUCGAUCCCCUCUUGACCCAACAUAUCAUUACUUUGAAUUGGAAAUUGUUGAUCCAGGAGAAAAUUGUUACAUAGCCAUUGGGCUUGCACGGCGAGAUUAUCCAAAACAUCGACAUCCAGGGUGGAAUAAAGGCUCUAUAGCAUACCAUGCUGAUGAUGGCAAAUUGUUUGUAGGGUCAGGAGUUGGUGAACAGUUUGGACCCAGAUGUCACAAAGGUGACCGGAUGGGAUGUGGUAUAUUAUUUCCACGAGAUUAUAGAGCUGAUGUAGACAGUGGUGGUUCUGCUCCCAGUUCUCCAGAGGAAAUGGAUGAUUUGAUUGAUGUUGAAGAUUAUGUGGACACUGAUUCUGAUGAUGGGGAAAUUUGGGAUAAGCAAACAUCAGAAACAAACAUUCAGGUAUUUUUUACAAGAAAUGGACGAACAAUUGGCAGUCGAGAAAUGAAAAUUCCUCAAGGAGGGCUCUAUCCAACCAUUGGCAUGUUGAGCAGUGAUGAAAAGGUUUUUGUUUGGUUCUGCAAACUCUUUCUUGAUACCAAAAAGGAAUAG